AUGUUGAGUAAGAUUGCUACUAGAUCCUUUUCUUCAUCUGCUGCUUCAGCUUAUAAAGUUGCCGUUUUAGGUGCUAAUGGUGGUAUUGGACAACCACUUUCCUUAUUAUUAAAAUUAAAUCAUAAAGUUACUGAUUUAUCAUUAUAUGAUUUAAAAGGAGCUCCAGGUGUUGCAGCUGAUGUCAGUCAUGUUCCAACCAACUCUGUUGUCAAAGGUUACAAUCCAGAUAAUAUUAAAGAAGCUUUAAGUGGCUCCGAUGUUAUUGUUAUUCCAGCUGGUGUUCCAAGAAAACCAGGUAUGACUAGAGAUGAUUUAUUCAACACCAAUGCUUCUAUUGUUCGUGACUUAGCUAAGGCCUCUGCUGAUUACGCACCAAAUGCCAAUGUUUUAAUUAUUUCUAACCCAGUUAACUCUACUGUUCCAAUUGUUGCUGAAGUUUUCAAAUCCAAGGGUACUUAUAAUCCAAAGAAAUUAUUUGGUGUUACUACUUUAGAUGUUUUAAGAGCCUCUAGAUUUGUUAGUGAAAUUGCUGGUACCAACCCAGUCAAUGAAAAAGUUACCGUUGUUGGUGGUCACUCUGGGGUUACCAUUGUUCCAUUAUUAUCUCAAACCAACCAUAAGAGUUUAGACACCGAAACCAGAGACGGUUUAAUCAACAGAAUUCAAUUUGGUGGUGAUGAAGUUGUUAAAGCUAAAGAUGGUGCUGGUUCUGCCACUUUAUCUAUGGCUCAAGCUGGUGCUAGAUUUGCCGGUGCCGUCUUGGACGGUUUAGCUGGUGAAAAAGACGUUAUUGAACCAAGUUUUGUUGACAGUCCCUUAUUCAAAGAUGAAGGGGUUGAUUUCUUCAGUUCUAAAGUCACUUUAGGUCCAGAUGGUGCUUCCAUCGUCCACCCAUUAGGUGAAUUAAGUGACCACGAAGAAGAAUUAAUCAAGACUGCCAAAGAAACCUUGAUUAAAAACAUCCAAAAAGGUGUUGACUUUGUUAAACAAAACCCAUAA